AUGCCAAUGUCCAACAAGUCCGAGUCGUCUGGCCUCGACGGCGAGCCGCGACAUCUGUCCGUGGCGGCGGCCGAGCCUCCAGAGUACGACGGCGACGCAGGCCUGCACGACGCCGUGUUUGGGGACCUGACCGGAAAGGGCCCCAACUACCGCAAUGUCGGGUGGGUGGGAACCGUCGCGCUCAUGAUGAAGACGCAGGUCGGGCUGGGCGUCCUGUCGAUACCGGCGACGUUCGACACGCUGGGCCUCAUCCCCGGCCUCGUCUGCCUGCUCGCCGUUGCGGCCGUCACGACGUGGUCGGACCACAUUGUCGGCGUCUUCAAGAGGCGGCAUCCCGAGGUGUACGGCAUCGAUGACGCCGGCGGCUUGAUGUUUGGCCGCAUCGGGCGGGAGGCGCUGGGCGCCGCCUUUUGCGUUUGUGAGUCCAAAGCCCAAAGCUCUCGCGGGUCUCCCGUCUCGGGUCUCGGGCUGACGCAACGCGCGCAAGACUGGAUCUUUGUUGCCGGGUCGGGAAUGCUGGGCAUAUCCAUCAGCCUCAACGCCGUCUCGUCCCACGGCGCCUGCACAGCCGGCUUUGUCGCCGUCGCCGCCGUCGCCGGCUUCAUGCUGGCCAGCAUCCGGACCCUGGCCCGCAUCAGCUGGCUGGCCUGGGCAGGCCUGACCGGCAUCCUCGUCUCGAGUUCGUCCCUCCCGCCCCGCGACGCCGCGCCGGCCUGUUGUCAGGCGUGCGUGAUCUUGCUCGUGACCGUCGCCGUGGCCGUCCAGGAUCGUCCUGCCGCCGCGCCGCCGCAGGGCCCGUGGGCGUCCGACUUCAAGCUGGUCAAGAGACCGUCCUUUGCCGCCGCCGUCUCCGCCGUCGCGUCCAUCGUCUUCGCCUACGCCGGCACGCCGGCCUUCUUCUCCAUCGCCGCCGAGAUGCGCGACCCGCGCCACUACACGCGGUCUCUGCUCAUCUGCCAGGCCGCCGUCACCGUGACCUACGUGUCCAUCGGCACCGUCGUCUACUACUACUGCGGCUCCUACGUUGCGUCUCCGGCCCUCGGCUCCGCCGGCCCCCUCGUCAAGAGGAUUGCCUACGGCCUGGCCCUUCCGGGUCUCGUGGCAACAACAACCAUUGUCGUCCACCUGCCUGCAAAGUACGCGUUUGUCCGCAUACUGCGCGGCUCAAAGCAUCUCACCGCCAACGAUGCCAUUCACUGGGCGACCUGGCUGAGCUGUACCCUGGUCACCACCGUGAUUGCGUAUCUGAUCGCCAGCGGCAUCCCCGUCUUCGGGGGCCUGGUCUCGCUCGUCGGCGCCCUCCUCGGCACGCUCAUGUCCUUCCAGCCCAUGGGCUGCAUGUGGCUGUACGACAACUGGCACCGGGGCAGAAAAGACCCAGCGAGCCGCUGGAUAUUCAUGGUCGUUUUCAGCAUUCUCGUCGUCGUGACCGGCACCUUUCUCAUGGUUGCCGGCACCUACGGCUCCAUCGUUGGCAUCAUAGACUCGUACAACAAAAGCGGCGCGUCUCGAGCGUGGACGUGUGCCGACAACUCCAACUCGGCCUAG